AUUAUUUUGUGUUUUUCAGUAAUUUCAAUUCGAAAUAGGUAAAGUACCUAACUCGAAAAGAACUGGAUCGUUGAAAAGUAGAUGCUUUAAGUAGAUAAAAGCUAAUCUCCGAUAAAACUUGGGAAGAAUUUAGUUCAAAUUGUACAUAUACGGGCACAUUUUUCCAUAUCAGAUCUUUAGAAUUUUAAAAAUGAACAUACCGUUUCCAGUUUUAACCCCACGUUUAAUAGACUCAAAGUGGUUUAAUGCAGAUAGCCCAUGUGAUGAGGAACAGGAACUUUCGGCUUUAGAGCAAGAACAUCAACAGUGGCUUAACUCAAUUGGCCAGCAAUAUAUGAAGCGUGUUCCUCUUGGCAAGACAGAUCCAGAGCCAAUGGAAGAAGAAGCUGACACAGAUGAGGAAGAAGGGAAUGAUGAGUCUGAUGAAUCUGAAGAGUCCCAUGAUGAAGAUGAGGAAGAAGAACUCAGGACAUCAUACUCUCCCCCUAGAAACAAUAAUGAGCUGGAACCAGAUAGCUUGGAUGACCUGAAUGAUGCACCAGACCCUGAUUUGAUAACUUCUGACCAGAGUGCUAUGUAUUAGUAGAAUUUCGUUUUAAAGGAUUAUUUUUGUAAAUAUUAG